AUGAAUGAUAUAUUGAAACCUAAAAUUAUAAUAAAAAAAUUAAAAGAUUGUGAUAAAAAUGAAUUUACAAAAUUAUGGAAUGAAAGUCAUUCUGAUCAUUUUCAUAAUUGGCAAAAAACAAGAGAAGAAAUUGAAAAAAGGAAUAAAUUAUAUAAAUUAUCAGAAGAAAAUUCUAAAGUUGCUUUUAUUGAUGAUAAACAAGUUGGAUUUAUAUUAACUGCAACUGGAGAAGUUGAUGGUAAAUUAGUUGGAUGGAACGGAGCAACUGCAGUAUUAAAACAAUAUAGAAGAUUUGGAAUUGCAACACUACUUUAUAAUGAAAUUUUAAAUGAUUAUAAACAACAAGGUAUUGAACAAGCACUAUUAGAUGUAAUUACAAUUAAUGAAGGUGCAAAAAAAUUAUAUACUAAACUUGGUUUUCAAAUUAAAUCACAUCAUAUAGUUUUAUAUAGUACUUUAAAUGAAUAUCAAAAUAAAAAUCAUAAAAAUUUAAUUAAUGUUAAUAAUAAUAAUAAUAAUGAAAUUAAUUUCAAUAUGGUUUUAGAUGGUUUUAAACAAUAUCAUAAAUUAAAUCAACCAUUAAAUACACAAUACCAAAAUUUAAUUGAAAUUCAUGAAAAUUUAAUAAAUAUUGAAAAGAAUGGAGAAAUAAUUGGAUUUAUGGUUUAUUCUUUAACAUUUGACAAGUGUGUAAUAUUAUUCCACCAAUUAUUUUUACAAGAUAAAUGUAAUAUUAAUAAUGAAAUUAUCACGGAAAUAUUUAAUUACUUUUAUGAAAAAUAUUGUAUUCCAACAAAUACUGAAAAGAAAAUUUAUUUAACAAUGUGGGAUUUAAAUUUAAAUGAAACUAAAUUCAUGUUACAAUUUAAUGAUAAUGAAUUUAAAAAAGAUUUUGAAUAUUAUUCAAUGAAAUUAGAUAUUUAA